CUCUCUCUAGCCUUUUUGUUUAUUUUUAAAAUGUUAUUAUAUUACCGUUUGAAAAUAAGUCUAAAAUUAUUCGCGAUCAUGUACAAUUUAAAGUAGACCUGGUCCUUGGGAGGGUCCUCGUGAAAUAUUGGUGAUUCAUUAGCCUUCUCAUUUCAAAUUGUGAAAUACUCAGUCAUUGUGGUUUGCACUCUGCUUUAUAAUAUGAUGUAAGAACAGAUUUUUUGUGUCACAUUGCUCCACCAAAGCACCCACUGAGUUUCUUAACUCAGUGGUGUUCAAAGUGGGGGCCCCGGGGGCCUCAACAAUUUGGUGUGUCCAUCCCUCCCACUAGUAUGUUUUCUCUUUCUCACUCUCAGACAACCACACACUCACAAUCAAUUCCUAAUGUAAUGUAAUGUAAAGAUGUAAGAUGUGAUUAUUAAUAAUAAAAAAAAGGGAUAUAUAUUCAGAAGUCUGUAGUUUUAAUGUGUUUUAAAGAAAUCUUGCAAAAGGGGGGCCUCGGUCAAAUCUUAAUGUCAUUUGGGGGGCCUUUCCCUGGAAAAGUUUGGGAACCCCUGUCUUAACUGAAUUAGAUGAAAGUGGUAACAAUAGAAGGUUCACUGAGUCCCAAGAUGUGCUCACACUGCAUUUAAGUUUUUCCCUCUGUUUUGGUGGUGUGCUGAGGGCUGUGUGAUGCUGUAAGGAGGAUUAAGGGCAAUCAGGCUGGUCAGAGCACCAACUGAGCUUAAUCUGUCACCUGAAUCUGUUUACUGCAACUAAGAGCAUGACCUUUUACUCCACUGUGAACUCACAAAGCCUUCAAAACAAGCAUCCAAUCCAGUCAGAUCUCUAUCAUUUUUUUCCCCCACAUAUUUUAUUCUAUUAUCAGGCACUAACUUCUUCUUCUCCUUAGGAGAAACCAUGGGCUGUGGGGUCGCAAAAGGAAGUGAAUUCCAUAAAGCACACGAUAAAGCAAUCAGAGCUGCAGUUUUGAUCCAGCGCUGGUAUCGUCAGUAUGUUUCCCGCAUGGAGAUGAAGCGCAGAUACACCUGGAACAUCUUCCAGUCCAUAGAAUACACUGGGCAACAGGAACAAAUCAAAUUGUAUAAUUUUCUUGGUUACCUCAUGGACAACUUCACACCCUCUAGCAAUGAACGAAAGUUGAUCUCCCACAUCUUCAGAGAAAAUGAAAUCUGUCAGGAUGCGGCUUGGGAGAGAUACUUCAGAUACACCAAUAUCGACGUUCCAGAAGUCUAUUCAGGCCCAAGGCUAACCUUCCCGCUAGACGCAAAUCAAGCUGCCGAUCUCAUCGAGGCUUUUAGAAACAAACAAUAGCAGCUCCACUCUCGGUAUGUUCUCCAACUUCUUCUUGAAACCUGGAAGCUGCUCAGAGUUCUGCCAAAUAUCAACCGAAUCUCUACCUGCCAUAGCAAAGAAAUCACAAUAUGUGGGGACUUACAUGGACAGUUAGAAGACUUACUUCUAAUAUUUUACAAAAAUGGGAUGCCGUCGCUGGAGAAGCCUUAUGUUUUCAAUGGCGACUUUGUGGACCGAGGCAAGGACUCAGUUGAAAUUCUGCUUAUUUUAUUUGCCUUCUUGUUGGUCUAUCCUGGAGAGGUUCACCUUAAUCGAGGAAAUCAUGAGGAUCACAUAAUAAACCUGAGGUAUGGGUUCACCAAGGAAGUCUUGGGCAAAUACAAGAUACAUGGUAAACGAAUUCUAAAGCUGCUGCAGAAGAUAUUCAGCUGGUUGCCCCUGGCAACAGUGAUUGAUCAGAAGGUGCUGAUCGUCCAUGGGGGGAUCUCAGACAGUACAGACCUGGCACUGCUGGCCCGAGUGGACAGACACAGAGUGAGUCCAAAAAACAAAAAGACACAAACAGAUCAGCAUCUACUUGAGGAUUUCUCAGCUACCAUGACCCGGACCAUGGAGGAAGAGCUCAAGAUUCAACAAAGACAGACCAGCUUAGCCCAGCCUGGCAGCAGCAUGCCCUAUAGACACUUUAACAUGUCCAUAUCAUCUGAAUCAGCCAAAGGAUCCACCAACACCCCUAACAACAUUACCAAUGAGUGGAAAGAGGUUUUGAGUGCAGCAUUUGACACUUAUAUAGUAAUGGACAGGUUUGGAAAGAAGUUUUUGUCUAACUUAGAUCUUACCAAGCAUUUACCAAUGUUUGUGCAUUAUUAUCAGAUCCUGGACUUGCUUUGGAGUGACCCCAUGUCUAAAGAUGGCUGCAUCCCAAAUGAAGUUCGUGGUGGGGGUUGUUACUGGGGCCCCAACGUGACUGAGGACUUUUUAAACAAACACAACCUGCAGCUCAUCAUCCGCUCCCACGAAUGCAAGCAAGAUGGAUAUGAGUUCUGCCACAACCGCAAGGUCCUCACAAUUUUUUCUGCCUCUAACUACUAUGAGGUGGGCAGUAAUAGGGGAGCUCUGGUCAGGUUAGGUCCAGAUCUAGUGCCUUACUUUAUCCAGUACCAGACCAACAGUAAGACCCGAGAGAUGAGCUUUGGACAAAGUAUCAGACGAACAGAGCACUCUGCUCUUAAAGUUCUGAGAGAGCAACUGUUUGCACACAAGUCAGAUCUCAUCAGUGCCUUUCAGGAUUAUGAUAAGAAGAACACAGGUCUCAUCUCUCUGAAUGACUGGAGUAGUGCUGUAGGACAGGUGCUACACCUGGAAUUGCCCUGGAGAAUGCUGCGCUCUCAGCUCCUCACCAGCACCACCAACGACAUGUUGGAUUACCACAACUGGUUCCGUAAUCUCUCUAUAAAGGAACCGAGCUGCGAGUACAUUGAGCAGACGCUGCUGGAGACUCUUUACAGGCACCGCUCCACUCUGGAGACCAUCUUCAGAAUAGUGGACACAGACAACUCGGGCCUCAUCUCUUUUGAAAACUUCUGUCAGACGUGGAAGCUGCUAAGUGCCUAUCUGAAAAUGGAGAUUUCCAGCGAAGCCAUCAAUGAACUGGUGGUCAGCAUAGACAUGAACAAAGAUGGCUGCAUAGACAUUGAUGAAUUCAUGGAGUCUUUUCGUUUAGUAGACAAGAACAUACGCAGACCAGAGGAACAGGACCUACUUCAGGAUAAAAAACAGACCACAGAAGAAAAAGGCACACUUCUUACACCACAAUAGAUGGUAACAGUUGUGUACACUUGCUUUAAUAACAGUCAGACUGCUCAAUGCGUGGGUUG